UCCUCCUACUGUUUCUCUUGUGAACCCUCUUUGCCUCUCUUUUUUGGCUCCUUCACCACACCUUUCAUUUUUACUAUUAUUAACCUAAUAUGCCAUUUCUUACCAACAAAACCUUCUGUUUCUCUGUUUUUUUCCUUCUUUUUACGCCUUCUUUCGCUCUUUCUUACGAUGGCCCUUUCUAUGACUACACUGCCUAUACCGAGUGCAAAUCAGAGCCUGAAAAAGCACUCUAUAAUGGAGGAAUUAUCAAAGACCAGCCUAUACUUCACAGGCAAACUACUUUAUAUAAGGAUGCUUCAGCUGUUUUUGCACCAGCUUUGAUCCUGCACAAUCUCACUCGGGGCAUUUAUUGCUUUUCCAUGUGGGUGAAAAUAGAAGGUGCGGAUUCGAGUAGGGUAACGGCGAGUUUAACUACUAAUAAUGAUGAGAGGUACAAUUGUAUUGGGACAGUGUUAGCAAGAACUGGAUGCUGGUCAUUUCUUAAAGGAGGAUUCAUUCUUGAUGCACCUUCCAAUUUAUCAAUUCUCUAUUUUCAGAAUUCAGGAGAUAAAAAUAUAAAAAUAGAAAUAGCAAGUGCAUCUUUGCAACCAUUUAGUGAUGAACAAUGGAGAGCAAAUCAGCAGCAUACUAUGAACACUGUAAGGAAACGGGCUGUGACGAUUCAUGUGUCAGAUAGUCACGGAAAUCGGUUGGAUGGUGCAAAUAUUACCAUACAACAAAUCUCCAAAGAUUUCCCACUUGGUUCUUCAAUUUCUAGUACAAUUCUUGGGAAUUUACCUUAUCAGACAUGGUUCGUCGAGAGAUUCGAUGCUGCAGUCUUCGAAAAUGAACUCAAAUGGUACGCCACAGAGCCGGAACAGGGUAAAUUAAACUACACCAUACCAGACCAAAUGUUAGAAUUUCUUCGAGCCAACCAAAUACUCGGCAGAGGCCACAACAUUUUCUGGGAAGAUCCAAAAUACAUACCAAAAUGGGUUCAAAAUCUGACAAGCAAUGAACUAAAAUCAGCAGUCAACUUAAGAAUUCAAAGCCUAAUGAGCAAAUACAAAGAAGAAUUCAUACAUUGGGAUGUCAGCAAUGAAAUGUUACAUUUCGAUUUCUACGAACAACGACUCGGUCCCGACGCUACAUUACGGUUCUACGAGACAGCACACGAAGCGGACCCUUUGGCUACAUUGUUUAUGAACGAAUUUAAUGUUGUGGAGACUUGCAGUGAUACGAAUUCAACUGUGGAUGCUUAUAUUUCGAGGCUAAGAGAACUUGAAAGUGGAGGAAUUUUCAUGGAUGGAAUUGGGUUAGAGAGUCAUUUUUCGGUACCUAAUUUGCCUCUUGUGAGAGGGAUUUUGGACAAAUUGGCUACUCUUGGACUCCCCAUUUGGCUGACUGAAGUUGAUAUUAGCAAUAAAUUUGAUCACACAACUCAGGCUAUUUAUUUAGAGCAAGUGUUAAGAGAAGGCUUUUCACACCCAGCAGUGGAUGGGAUAAUGCUAUGGACUGCAUUGGAUCCAAAAGGUUGCUACCAAAUGUGCCUUACUGAUAAUAAUCUUCAAAACCUAGCAGCAGGAGAUGUGGUUGAUAAUCUCCUAAAAGAAUGGAAAACUAGAGUUUUAAAUGGACAAACUGAUGAAUUUGGUUCAUUCAGCUUCUAUGGUUUCUUAGGUGAAUAUAGAAUACAUGUUCAAUUUGCUAACAGAACUUCUAAUUCAACUUUCUCAUUAUGGAGGAGUCAAGAAACUAAAUAUUUUAAUGUUCAAUUGUAAACUCUAUACAUGUUUGCUACUUAUGGACUUGAUAUUUUACUAACUUAAAAAAGCUGAGUCAUUGUUUGUAGUGAUUUUUUGAAUAAAUUUA